UUAGGCUGGUCGACGACAAAGGCCAAGGUGCCUCGCCCCUCAGAAUCGUUAAUCCUCGAUGAUGGUGCUGUCGCCAAACUCGUGAAAGACGUCGAACGCUUUCGAGCUUCGGAGGACUGGUACCACGCCAAAGGCGUGCCAUAUCAUCGUGGAUAUCUCCUAUACGGUCCGCCCGGUACGGGGAAGACUUCGACCAUCUACACCAUAGCUGGACACUUCGGUUUGCCCAUACAUAUGUUUUCGCUCUCGGGUCGAAGCUUAUCCGACGUCAGCCUGAUGGACCUGUUUUCGUCUAUACCGAAGUAUGCCAUUGUGGUAAUGGAAGACAUCGACUGCGUCUUUCCACCAUCAAUGGUCAACAGAGAAGAUAUGGACAGUGCCCUCGAUCGGAAUGGGCUACCGAUGCCUACUUUUAAUGAACAAGCUACGAUGGUUACUCUCUCGGGCCUACUCAAUGUGCUGGAUGGUGUUGGCAGCGAGGAUGGUCGAAUUCUUUUUGCCACCACCAAUUAUCGAGAAACGUUGGACCCUGCCCUGACGCGUCCUGGGCGAUUUGAUUUCACCAUCCCGUAUACUCUUGCCACGUCCAGUCAAGCGUCUAGACUUUUCAUUCAUCUUUUCUCAGAGAUGACUAGCAAUACCUCGGAGCAUCCUCUUUCUUCCGCAGAGCUGUCUGCUCUUGCAGAGGAGUUCUCCAACACCAUCCCCGAACAGAGCUUCUCGAUGGCAGAGCUUCAAGGUUACUGUAUCUCUCAUAAGGAUGAUGCUCAUCUUGCCGUGAAGAGUGCACGAGCCUGGGUUGAGCAAGUGAUUGCAGACAGGGAGCGGAUCGAGCUUUACCGAUCCGAGAAGCGCAGGGCAGCGCAGGCCAGACGAGACCGUUCGUCGUCCGUCGGGCCUUCGUCCAUACCUUUCCGCGAUUGCGGACGUGGAAAGUCUAUAGGGGAAUCCGACUCGCGUCUGAGGGAAGAAACCAGUGGUGGUGGUACACUGUUUUCGGAAUCGAACGCCAGCGCGCUGUGCUCUCCCUCCAGCGGCCCUUCAGAGAUUGUUUUGUCUACCAAUGAUUCCCCAGCUGUGGACAUAGACGAAGAGAAGCUCGAUGAUCAGAGCCCUACUGAAGCUGAACCCGUAUCUAUGGACGAUGUCUCAGCAUGA